AUGUCCUCCUCGGGGCAGACGACACUUCCGCCCACACGCCGUGUACGAAAAUCGAUUGGCGCGCACACCGAUGCCCGCAAGGCCGCAGAUAAAGAGAACGUGACCAUGGAUCUGGGAAGCAACUCGCUCGCCAUGAAUCGAAAGUUGAGAAGCAAGAGUCUUGGACCUGGUGGACUGGAUGCUUUGAAACAUGGAAACGGGAAUCGAAGAGCCUCAAUUGCGGCGCCAUCCAAACCCCCGCGAUCGAUAUUGAAAACCCCCGUCAACCCACUCCCCGAGAUACCAUCAUUAAACAAUGAGGGCUCAAAGAAAUCCGGAGCAAACGAUACAUUAUCCGGAUCACAGUUUGAUAAAUUAAGCGGCUCUAAGAUCGCCUUGCGAACAGAGGAGGAACAACAGGCGGCUGCGCGCGAGCGCGAAGAGAGAGAGAGGCGCGAUGCCCGGCGCAAGUCACUGGCGAACCGCCGAGUUUCCUUUGCGGCGGAGGCCACUCUUCACACUUUCCACGACAUCGAAUACAUGCAGGACAAGGCGUCGUCUCGGCGACGCUCUUCGGUAGCUAAUAAUGCGGGCGGCUCAGGGAACGACCGCAGCUUAGGGUCACGGGAGCAGCCACAAGUCAACGACGAGUUCGCUGAAGAUGGAGGGAACUACGAUUAUGGAAGAGAUCAGGACAAUUUUUCUUCAGGUGCUCCUCAUUUUCCACGCGACGACACCGGCACCACAGGGUACAGCUCUGAUUCUGAGCCUGUCGAUGCAAUUGAGGAGGAUAUUGUCGAAGAAGACGAUGGUGAAGACUCCAAUAGCGAUUCGGACGACGGUACCAUGAUGACCAUGGUCACAGACGAUAUGACUGGCACUUCGAUGGGCUCGGACAGAACUGAUGACAGAACUGACGCUUUCGAUGAUGAUGAGGGAGAGUCUUCAACUCUUGAUGAAGCGCUGCGUCUUGCAGCCCAUCGAGCCGGCAUGCAAAGAUUAGACGAUGAAUCUGAAGAGGAAGAAGAAGAGAUCAUCCCCUCAUUUGGAUGGAUCAAGAAGGGAGGAGACCAGGCAGCGGCCAAACCGCAAAACCCUCCGCCUGCGGCAGCAACAUCCUUUGAGGAGCCAAGCAGCCCAGUCCAAGAUGGUACAGAAAUGGAUAUGGAUAUGGACAUGGAAAUGACCAGUGCUGUUGGGAAGAUUCUGAAGCCCAACAACGAGCUUCCCAUGGAGGAGGAUAUGUCCAUGGAUGUCACUCGUGCUUAUGGAGGAAUUAUCGAACACAUUGGAAAGAAACAGAGCAAGCAAGCCUCACCAGAGGAGGAAGAUGAGCCAAUGGAAGAAGCCACAAUGGAAUUCACUACCGCGAUUGGCGGGAUUCGUAAUCAAGUGCUUGAGUCGGAAGAGUCGGACGACAACGAGGACAUGUCGAUGGAACUUACAACUAUCAUGGGCGGCGUUCUUGGGAAGCAAAAGAGGAAGAGCAUGGGCGCGAGUAGCCGCAGAUCUUUAGCUCAGAACACCGAGGCUGGAGAUCUCACGAUGGACAUGACUGUUGGAGUCGGACGUAUUCUUCCUCAGGCCAACACUGAUUUGGCUGGAGAUGAUGAGGACGAAACAAUGGGAAUGGAUAUCACUACCGCCAUCGGCGGGAUUCUGAACAAGAAGACUGACAGCACACAAGAGCUCAGCCAGCAAACACCUGAGGAGGAUGCUGACUUUUUGAAAACACCACCACAAAAAACCGCGCCACCUGGCCGCCGGAAGUCGAGCUCUCCUGCGAAGAGAUCAAGUCCUCGAAAAGCCGCAACCCAAGCGGCAGUAGAGAAUCAAAGUCCUGGAUUGUCUGCCUUCCGAGGGAAAGGGCUGCGUCAUAGCAACGCACAACCAUUGUUGCCGUUAGAUGAAACCCCCCAACCUUCAAGACGUUCAACAUCGCGAACGCCUUCGCCAGUCAAAACCCCUACAUCUCGCGCUCUCUCUAUCUCGUCGUCGCCGCUGAAAAGCGCACAAGGCUCUCGUCGAAGCGCGCGCCUCUCGUCGCCCGAGAAACAUUCAGCAGCAACAACUAACGAAAAGACCAACUCACCCGCCAACCUUUUGUCUACCCCGUCAUCAAUUUUCCGACCACAUAUACAACCUCAACUCCAGAGUUCUCCUUUGGUUCUCACGCCUCAGCGCAAGCUGACUGGAGUAGGCGCUGAUCGAAAUGGGCUCGGAUCACCACGAGUGACUGCCUUGUUUGACCGUAGAGCCUCUCUUGGAGAAGCUGCUACGGAGUUCGUUCCCAGACAAGGAAAAGUUGUCUUUCAAGAUCCCAAAGAGUUUGAGGAUGACAUAAACGAUCAAGAAAACUUGGAGAGAGGCCUAGAAGUUCCUCAGGAGGACAAAAAUGCAACCCUCAAUCUUAGAGAGAUGAUCGAUAGCCUCAGCCCAAAGAACAAUCCAUUCAAGGGACGAAAGAGCCUUCACGUAGGAAGUGCCAGGGGUCUCCUAGGAAAACGUCCCAUCGAGCUUGACGAGGAAGCUGAACUGGAGGAGCAAGAUGGAGUCAAGAGGCUCAAAAAUCAUCAAGCUAGCCCUGUAAAAAACAUCAGGCUUCAGAAUCCCCCUUCGAAGGAGGAGACUGCCCCGACUCUGGUUUCUCCGACAAAGAAUCGCAAUCAAAGAAGCCCGGUCCGUGUUACGCGCUUCGGCGGUAUCGAUGACGAGACAGUCACCAGCGUCCUGGAGAGACAGGAUUCAGACGAGAAUGAUGAGGAGGAUGAGAUACCAGGGGAUCGUCUCCACUUGCAGGACUUUCUCAACAUGACCUCAAUCCGAUUUAUGGAGCUCACAACAACGAAGCGUCGCCAAACUGUUGCCCCCAGCAUUCUACAGGAUGGCUCGUUAUCUGACGGACGUGAUGAUCUAUCUCUAGAGCGAUGUGUUGUGGCUGGUGCAUGCACAGUUCCCACGCUCGAACUCUAUCAGCACUCCUGUCGAGAGCUCAAGAAGUACAUUUCGGAAGGUCGGCGGAUAGUUAAGGAGAUCGAAACCGACACUUUUGAAGAGAAUCCGCCUCUCUUCCGCGAGUAUAUUUCCGCUACCCCGGAGGUGAAGGCCCUCAUGGACAACCAAUUCAAAAACGUCAAGACUCACGCUCGUCUGCUGAGCAAAGCCAUGUGGUAUGAGUGGAGAAUGAAACUCCAAGAUGGACUCAAGGAAGGCCUGAUCAGAAUUCUGGACGACCUAGAUACAGAUGACAAAUUUCUGCAGACUCAAGCUAACCUGCUCCGCUCUGUCCUGCCAAAAUGGGUAGAGAGCUACGAUGUGCUGCGGGAGCAAGCCCGGAAUCUUGAAGAAGCUGCACAGGAGUUGGCUGAUUGUGACCCUGGCGAGUUGGAGGCUGCGCGGGACGACCUCUCCCGUUUGGAUCAUGACAUUGCUGCCAAGAAAAAGCAGAUUGCUGAGCUACGAAAAUUGUAUGAGGAUUCAGAGAAGGACGUCGAGACCUUGACUACGAAAAAGCAGCUCUGCAUUUCAGAUAUCAAAGAAGCCGAGAAAAUACGGGAGGAAUGCCGCGGAUGGACCAGCGCUGAGAUUGACGCAAUUAAAGCCCGAGUUGACGCGAUCGAAGCUGAGCAUGGCUGGUCAGUGAGCGGCAUCAAGGGAACCAUGAUUUCGAUGACCUACCGACGGGAAAUCGAGCUUGUUUUCGACAUUUCGGCAUUUGGUGGCUCAGCGACAAGCCUCAAGAUUGAUCUGUGGUACAUUGCCGAUAGCCGUGAUACAGAUCCCCUCCCGCGUACAGCCGAGAAAGAGUUCUUUGUUCAGUGCAUUCGCAAUCAUGUUUGCACCCUUGCUCCCGGUCGAACCACAGUUAGCGAUGUCCUGGGGGUAGUCCAAUUGGGAUGGGACAAGGCCACGAAAGUGUCGUCGCAAAUAAAGCGAGUAAACACUUCAUUCCCUACGACUGUAUCCAAGACUUCCGACACAAGUGUGGCUGUGUGCAGUUCAUUGCUGCUGGUGCCUCUGGCAACCCGUGUCGAGGUCAUCCUAAAUCUACAUGGGCGAAACAGCCCACAAGGCAUCGUGGUGGGCAUCUCCCCCGAAGCUCGUGUCAUUUACGGCGAGCAUUUCAACGUCUCCAAGAUCGGGGAGUUUCUGUCUACGAAACUUGGAGAAACUGUUACGAUGGGGCCAGAGGAGGUUUGGAGUGACGUUGCCGUUGAGCUGCAUGAGCGGCUCAUUGCAAGGGGGAAGAAGGCGUAA